AGCAGCGCUGUGUGUUUCGCCGGGGGCAGCAGGAGGGCGGCUUCCCCGCCUCAAUAGUGCCCGGGGAGCCGCCGUCCUUGCCUUGGCGGUGAGGCCAGGGAAAAGUGGCAGGAGGCACCAACGGCCCAGGUGCUCCGCAGCCCGGGUUUGCCCUUCAGCGCGGUGCGAGCCCCGGCUGGCGCUCGGAACCGAGGGGAACGGGGAACAGCGCCCUGAGAAGCGGGGGUUUGAUAGGUUUAAAAAUGUCUGAUCUGAAAGAUAUUGUACACAGAGCCCAUUGUAUUGAAACCCUGCUGUCUGAGAACAAUUUGCAAGAUAUUGAGGAUCAUCUUAAAGAACUUGCAGAUGUUGAUAUGACUGUAGAAUAUCUCCAGGGGACAGAAGUUACCAAGGCUGUAUAUAGAGUACUCAAGAGCUGCCCUUCAGGAGAGUUGAAAAAGAAAGCAAAGCAGUUAUUGUCAAGGUGGAAAACACUUUACAAGAAUAACUGUGCUCAGUCAUUGCAAGUUAAAAAGUCCGUUUCUGUGGAUCUGAAAGAAGAAAUUGAGCAUCUCAAUGUAGUUCCUAGAGAGCAGUUGCUGUCUGAAGGACCAUGUCAGCAGGAGGCGUUAGAUGGUACUAAUUCCAACACUUUGGUCCCAUCACAGACUGUUAAAAAUGUGGUACAUAGCAAUGCAGAAGGCAGUAUUAAUCAGCAUUCUUCUUCCGAGGAACAACACAGUGUUGAUGAAGAUUCUGAAUCUGUUGUUAGCGAAGCCAGUCUGCAGCAGGAUCUGAUGAAAGCUCUGAGGUGUAAGUGUGUGGAUCUUCUUUACAAAGCUUUGAUUGGUUCUGCCAAGGAUGAAGAAGAAACUGUUAAAUGGCUAGAGUUAGCUAAAGAAAUUGAAAAACAUAUUUUUGCUCUUCAUGCUAAAAAUGAUAAAAAGUAUAAAAAUUGCAUCAGAAGUAAAAUCUCUAACCUUAAGAACCCUAAAAGUUGCCACUUAAAGCAUAACCUUUUUUCAGGAACUUUGAGCCCAAAGGCUUUUGCUGAGAUGACAGUGAUGGAAAUGGCCAGUGAUGAACUGAAACAGCUCAGGGCUCUGUACACAAAAUCGUCUGUUCAGGAACAUCAGCUUCCACAGGUGAUUAAUGGCACACAGACAAACAAAAUAAAGUGCAGGCGCUGUGAAAAAUUUGAUUGCACUGUCACUAUGAUUGCCAGGGGAACUCUCUUCCUUCCAGCUUGGGUAAGAAACACAAACCCAGAUGAACAAAUGUUGACGUACGUUAUUUGUAAUGGAUGUGGAGAACAGUGGUACCACAGCAGAUGGAUUUGUUUGUAAUGCUGUCCCUCUAUAAUAAAGGGCUUGGAAAGGUGUGUGAAAACUUACCUCUGUUGAAACUCUGUAAUUUUAAAUUCUGUGCUGAUGCUGUGUGGGUACUGCCACUAAAAACUGCAAAAUCAGUUUUAAAAACCUGCUAAUGUAUUUUUAAAGUGGGCUUGAAUGGAUUUCACAUAUUUUUAAGUAAUGUAAAUAUGUAAAGAAAUAAAGGGUAAAAGGAAAAAAUGGUUACACUGUAUGUGAGUGGAAUAUUUGCUAGUAAAUCCAUUAAAAUUAUUCCAAGUGCUGAGUUUUUCCUGAAGGGACAGGAUAUUUGGAAAUUUUUUUUUAACUUCAGGAGGAGUUCUUUCACGGAACAUAAGUUUCAUUUACAGUCAAUAAUUUACUGUUUCUAAAGCUGCAGUUCACAUACUUAUGUGCAUUGCAGAAUGUUCAGCAUGGAUUCACUCCUUAAUUAAAUCACUUUUUGUAAGCAAGUGUUAGAUUAUUAAGUUGAUCUGAGAGGUGAUUUCUAACAGGGAAAAAAGAAACUGAAAGUAGAGCAUUAAAGGGGGUAAAAAGCAGCUAGCAAAUGAAAGCAAGAAUGAGAUUCUGCUUUAGUGUUUUUAGCUAUUAGAAGGAAAACAGGACUUGUGACAGUCUAUCAGUAUGCAGGCUGGAUUUACAAUGUAAGAUGGUGUGUCCUGCUACUGCAAAGAAAUUAGUGCAGGAUCAGACAAUUAUUUCAGAACAUACUGAAAUUUUACAUCAUUUAAUGUAAUAUUUUGUAGAUAUAUUAUUGGAUGUGUGUUUAUUUAAUGUAUAAAAUUAAUAGGAGUGGAUAUCCUCUCUGGAACUGGGACAUCUGUCCUGAACUGAAAAAAUUAUUGUUUCUAUAUAGCACCCAUUACCCACAACCAAUGAAUAGAAGGAAAUCCAAUAGCAGAAGGUUUUAUACAUAUUUUUGUUCCAGAGUCAACAGGAUUCUCACUCAUCGUUCACUAGAAGUAUUUAUUUAGAAAAAAAAAAAUCUCACUAAAGGAAGUGACCUGUAUCUUUUACACAACAGGCAUUUAGCACUUCAAGGUUAAAAUGUAUCAGCAGAGCAGAGAAACCUGCUGAGUGUUUGCUGGAGGAAUUGAGGGCAGUUCUGCCCCAUCUGACUGUGACACAGCUGAGGCUGGCCAGCUCCUCUGGGUUGAGCUGCAUGACCUCUCAGAGAAAGGAACUGGAGGCAUGACAUUAGAAAAUAGAUAUUGGUGAACUAAAUGCCAGCCAGGACUGAAAGACAGGCCUUUAUCUGUAUAUGGGAAAAUUUAUGUGUAACCUGAUGUUGCAAAGAGACACCUAAAGUAUUCUACUGAAAAAAAAGAUGAAAAAUCUUUCUCUUCUGUGAAGAGAAAGCAGCAUUACUUUCAGCAGCAUUAGUUAGAUGUUUAACAUGUAAAAACAUGCGGUUUUGGGGAAUUGCACUGAUGUAAAAUGUACAUUAAAGCUUUAGGCCAGACCCCAAGUGUUCAGCUGUGUAACCAGGGAGUUACUAUGUGGCCUUCCUUCCCAGCCCUUACUUGUGUGCUGCAAUUGAUGCUGAUGAGUAGUCCUGCUUUAGUGGCAGCACUUUUGUGUAAAGUAUUAUUGUUAGCUUUCAGUGAGACUACAGGAGAGCAAACACUCCUGUGUUAGUGGAUGACAGCCAGCGCAGGAUUGUGUGCAGUCAUUUUGAAGGUCAUGGUCCUGUUGAGGAGAGCUUUAUGCCAGCAUUGUGCUGUGUCAGAACACCAUGUAGCAAAAGACUUUUUAGCUCUGAACAACUUAUAAAUAAUUUCUGCCUGCAGUUGGUUUUAAAGCCAUUCCAGUAAUGUACAGCUCAUCCAAGUUUUAUCUUGGCAAAGGGAAAUAUUACAAGGCGUGGGGAGUCUUUCUGACUGAAUAUAUUUCAAGGGUAAAAUUUGUAUCUGUAACACUGACUACAUUUGUGACAUAAUAUGUAACAUCAUUUUCUUUUGAACUGCCCAUCACUAAAUGUGUAACUGUGCAGGCUUAAAAUAUUUGGCUGGCUAAGAUUAUAUGCUAUAUUACAUGCUUUGUCCCAAAAUGUACUUAAAAAGCCAGCUUGCAACUACAUAGUGUGUACAACAGCAGGAGGGUGUGGAUCACUGGAGUACAGGAAGUGGAGUCCAGAAACAAAAGAAAAGCCUUGAAAAAUGAGAUGCUUUUAUAUUGUUGAAGUCAUUUUUUAUUCCGGGUGAGAAAAAGCUCUCUGGACUUUUUUAAGCAGAGACCAUUAAUUUGGGUGUGAUGUUUAGCAUGUCUGUGCUGCUACUCCUACAAGGAAUAUAUGUCUGUAGAGGUGCUUCCAGCAAACACAGGACAAAUAUAUACUGAACAAGGCUAAAGUCUGUAUUUGUCUCCAGGGGGUUUUCCAGAAAGGCUGCAAGUUCAGCUCCUUGAAUCCUGUGAUUUAACAGUGGCAAUAAAGUCUUAAACAUAAAUUACUCUCAAAGAUCAAGCAGUCUGUAGCUGCAGAACUUGUGAUACUUCUAUAUCUGAAGUGCUCUAUUAAUUGUAGUUAAUGCCACUCCCUUAACACCAGUAACAAAACUCCUUCUGGUUCCUGGAGAUCCCCUGCCAGAUCCACUUCCAUCUGUUCUGUUGAGUGCCUUUUCUAUCUCUGUCGUAUUCCUCAUACUGUUCACUUUUUAGGGAGGUACUCAGCUGCCAUUUGUUGCUUAUAACUCUUUCUUCUUUUCAAAACCAAAAGGAAAUUUUUGCUGUUUAUUUUUCAUUUAAAGUGUAUUUCCUUCCAAAUGCUGUGCUAUCUACAUUUGCUACUAAAGCAAAGAAUUGCAGCUCUUUAAACAAAAAAAACAGCUCUUUUUUUGUGCCAAGCCUGAUAACAGGCUGUGGUUAAGGAGCAAAUAUUACAGUCCUUCAGGGAAUCUUCAGGGUGUAAUGGUCCAAUUCACUGACUGCCUGGAAGAUAAGGAAAAAAACAAGAGCACUUUGAUAAUUUCUUGGAUUGCUUGGGAGCUGGCUUGCUGCAUUCUGGUAUUAAGAGAGCCAUAAAUGACUUCAUAUCCCCUUAUUUUGUACUGUUGUAAUUCAGCCAAGAAGUGACAAAGUAAUGUUUUACUGAGGCCAUGUCAUCACUUGCCAGGAUGGGACAUAGUCUCCUAGCCAGCUACAGAUAGUAAAAAGUAUUCUUCACAAGCUCUUAUUAUAAGAGAGCUUUGCUGAUACAGAACUUCCUCCCACUCACAGAAAGUUGCCCUUUAUUUGCCAUUGGAUAUUUUUUGUGCUGCUCUCUCUGACAUGGCAUAACAACAUGAAUGCACCUCUGUGAACAAAAUCCCUAAAGUGCUAAGUCAGCUUUCAGAUGAAGGUGCAUGUGAGGGAGCAGCAAGACUGGGUUGCUGCACAGGGGGAGGCGAGCCAGGGGCGGAUGGCGGGUGACAAGGCGUGCAGGGACAAUGGCUUCAGUUGUAAGGGUCACUGUCUGGCAAACAAGAGCAAGGCAGUUCUGGUGACAAUGAUCUGCCAAAACUCCAGUGGGAACUGGGCAAGUCUGGGGACAUGCUGUCAGAAUUUAAACAGGUGUGACUUUGGUGUACUUGUUUCAAACUGCAUCCUAACUGGGCAUGUUCUUCUGUCUGACCUCAGGACUGGCAGGUGAGCUUCAUGUGACCAGCCCUAUCAGGGGCAUUAUUUAUUCUACAAUUUAUGUUGUGCUGUAGCAACUGUUGGGUUUGUUACAUACAUGGUAUACAACUGAGUGGACAGAAGGAAAAGGGCCUUCAGUUCCUGAUCCUCAAGCACUCAUGCAUGUGUAUUAACCAUGAGAGUGACCCUACAAUGCUCCAUUGUGCCUAUAAAAUUAUGAGCAUAGUAGCCAUGGUUACACCAUGGUUCUUUUCUAUUUUCUUAUAUGUUCCCAUGUAAAGGAAAUAAAAAUACAUCCUUUCUGAGAA